AUGUCUCAAUUUGGCUCAAGAUGGGGUGAUUUUGUCACCAAAGACACACAUGAUGUAGGGUAUCUCAAUGGACUAAUGCCAGACCUCAGUGUUUUUAAGAUGGAAGAUGUUGCAGAUAAUGCCUGUAUUCCCAUGCUAGUUAAAAUGAUUCUGGAGUUAAAGGUACAAAAGAGAAGUACUGGCUUCUCUAAUAAAGAGAGACAGCUAGUGGACUACCUUCAUGUUCUCACUCAACAACAACCAUUGUGCAAACUUUUUGCAAUAUUUUUGUCAGAUGGAGCAUACUUUUAUGUCAUGUCCUUUAAUAGUACCAUAGUAAUAGUACUAUAUACUUUGAUAGAAAUUCAGCAUUUGACUGUUCUCA